AUGGUCUCCAAAAAGACAAAGAAGAUCAUUCUGGUAGAGCUGACUGUACCGUGGGAAAACAGAUGUACUCAGGCCCAUGAGAGAAAGAAGGCCAAGUACGAAGAUCUCGUCAAGGAAUGUAGAGAGGCCGGGUGGAGAGCAUGGAACUACCCGAUUGAAGUGGGAUGCAGACGGUUUCCUGCACCAUCGCUGGGAAAGAUGUUCCAGGAUAUGGGAAUAGUGGAACAGGCGAGAAAAAUGGCCAUUAAGAAAGUAUCACAGGCAGCAGAAAGAAGCUCCAGCUGGCUGUGGCUAAGGAGGAACGCCAGUAGCUGGAAGCCAUCCACUAAUGGGAAGUGUCUGAUCAACACUGCCGCCCGCCACUUAGAGCUUGUCCUAGGUGAGGCCUAUACAGAGACGGCUCAGUGUGUUUGCGGGAACAUCUGUAAGAUUGCCAGGGGUCUCAAGAUCCAUCGGUCUAGGAAGGGUUGUCAGCCUGAUCCGGAACAGAGACAGUGCACAGACUUGUCUGGUGAGACACAGGAGGACCCCACCCAGGAAGAACAGCACAGUGCUGAGGAUCUCCACGAAUCUGAGGUGGAACAGAUGGAUGAGCCUACAAGAACAGAACAUGAUUUUGGUAGCCAGGGCAGUCGUACAGACGACAGACUAUGGCGAAUCAAAUGGCCAGCUAUGAACGACAAACAGUGGAAGGAGUUUGACGAGGAUGUAGAUAGCAUCGUGGAACGGUGUUACUUGGAAUGGUAG